UCAGAAACACACACAAUCUCUCUAAUUUCAUACUUUAUUCAAAAACUAAUCACUCUCGUUUUUGUUUCUUCUUCUUUUCAAUUACUUUGGAUUUCUUUAACCAAGUUACUUACGAAGUUCUUGAUCUUUCUUGUUAUUAUUAUUAUUGGAAUUUAGCUAUUUGUUAAAUUCUCGCGAUUUGGAGCUACCCCAUUUGCCAAAGUUGAAAUUUUUACUCCGCAUUUAUACGUGGGUCACUUGGAUUUUUUGCUCUGUGCUACAAGUUUGGGGGUAUCCUCUGCGUGCAAUUGCAGAGACUAAUACCUCAAAUCUUGAGGGAUCCUAAUUGGCAAGACUUUUGAUGCUGUUGCAUUCCUAAGCUCAGGUAAUGCAAGUGCUUUGACAAAAACUGGAUAUUAGGUGUCUUGUUUUCGAACUUGACAAGAUAGUAUAGUAGGGUGAAAAGCGAUGGCUGCAUCUAGAAAAACCAGAACUAUGUUUGAAGAUCUGGUAAAAGACGGAUCACUUAAAUGGUUGCUUGGUAAGAAGAGUUCUUUCGAUGAAGAAUUUGAGGAGAUGGAAAAUUCACCUUCUGCUGGGAGGAAUUUUAUACCCGAGCUUUCUCCAGUUGCAAACCUAGUAGUUCGUAGAUGUUCAAAGAUCCUGAAGACCUCUUCAAGUGAUCUUCAGGAGAGCUUCAAACAAGAGGCAUCUGAUUCCAUAAAGAUUCCAUCACGAUAUGCGAGGAACUUAUUGGAGUAUUGUUGUUUCAAAGCACUUUCGUUGAGAGCACAAAUGUCUGGUCAUCUACUCGAUAAAACAUUCCGGCGCUUGACGUACGACAUGAUGUUAGCUUGGGAGGUCCCGGCUGCCACUAGCCAACCUCUGAUUAAUAAGGUUGAUGAAGAAGUGUCUGUUGGAUUAGAAGCUUUUUGUCGAAUUGCUCCUGCAGUUCCCAUCAUUGCCAAUGUCAUCAUUUGCGAAAAUCUUUUUGAGGUGCUGAGUUCUUCAACUGGCGGUCGUCUUCUGUUCUCCGUCUAUGACAAGUACCUCAGCGGGAUAGAAAAAGCAAUAAAAAAAAUGAAGAGCAAUUCAGAGUCGUCUCUCCUUUCUGCUGUAAGACUGAAUAGGUGUGAGAAGAUUCUUGAGGUUGAUGGAACCGUCACUACACAGCCAGUUCUUGAGCAUGUAGGGAUUUCCACCUGGCCUGGACGGUUAAUCUUGACAGAUCAUGCACUUUAUUUUGAAGAACUUCGCGUAGUAUCAUAUGACAAACCGAAAAGAUAUGAUUUAUCAGAUGAUCUAGACCAAGUUGUUAAACCCGAGUUAACCGGACCAUGGGGUACUCGACUUUUUGACAAAGCAGUAUUCUAUAGUUCAACAGCCUUAUCAGAACCAGCUGUACUAGAAUUUCCAGAGCUUAAAGGUCACGCUCGUCGUGAUUAUUGGCUAGCUAUCAUAAGAGAGAUUCUCUGUGCUCACAAAUUCAUAAGCAAGUACGGACUUAAAGGGGUCGCACGGGACGAAGCAAUUUGGAAGGCUGUUUUAGGAAUUUUGCGUUUACAAGCAGUCCAAGAUAUUAGUUCUUUGGGCCCUAUAGAGAAUAAUUCUCUUCUCAUGUUUAAUUUAUGUGAUCAGCUUCCAGGAGGAGACUUGAUAUUAGAAACCCUUGUAAAUAUGUCGAACUCAAGGGAGUCGGAUCGCGUGAAUGAUUCCAAACCUGAAAGCGAAAUGUAUUCUAUCUCGGUCUUGGACAUGGUUUCAAACCUAGGAUUCGUAUUUGGAACAAGUUCAAACAACUCAAAUGGGAGCAGAAUUGCUGUAGGUGAAAUAACUGUUGGAGAAAUGACUUCAUUGGAAAGAGUGGUUAAAGAAUCUAAGAACAAUUAUAAAAAAGUCGUAUCCGCACAGGCAACCGUUGACGGUGUUAAAGUUGAUGGCAUUGACACUAAUUUGGCUGUCAUGAAGGAAUUACUUUAUCCUCUAGAUGAACUUAGGAAGUGUCUUCAAUCUUUGGCAUAUUGGGAUGAUCCAUUGAAAUCUUCUGGGUUUUGUUUGUUCUUCGGUUACAUUAUCUGGAGGGGUUGGCUUGGAUAUGCAGCAGCACUAUUGCUUGUGUUCCUUUCAAUUUUUAUGAUACUUACCAAAUGUUUUAGUCAAGGUAGGCCUGUAACCGAAAUCAAAGUAGUAGCACCUCCACCAAUGAAUACAAUGGAACAGCUUUUAGCUGUUCAGAAUGCUGUCUCUCAAGCCGAACAGCUCAUACAAGACGGUAACAUAUUUCUUCUCAAGAUCCGCGGCUUGUUAUUCUCCAUUUUUCCUCAGGCCACGGAGAAGAUGGCAUUUGGUCUUCUAUCAGCAGCGUUGAUUUUGGCUUUCUUACCUUGUAAAUACGUAGUUCUUCUAUUGUUCUUGGGGACAUUUACGAUGUAUUCACCUCCGAGGAAAGCUAGCACGGAGAGAUGGGAGAGAAGAUUAAGGGAAUGGUGGUUCAGCAUACCAGCUGCUCCUGUUAAACUCGACAGAGAUAAAGAGGACAAGAAGAGGAAAUGAUGAUGAUGACCAUGAAAUCUUUGGCGGUGAAAGUUAUGUACAUGUUUGUGUUGAAUACUUAGAUUCUCUGCUGUAACCGUUUGAUCUUAAAUCGAUGGUUGAAUUGAAAUCAUUUAAAACUAGUAUGCUGGUAGAGUAAUAUGAACCGUCUGAUCUUAAAUCAGUGGCCGGAAUUCGUUACUGCACGAGACUGUGUGAUGUUUUUACAGCAGGGAUUUCGAGUCACUUGUCAUAUGUAGAAAUGUUUGAAAUGUAAAACUCAACAGUUGAAGCAAAGUGAUUAGAAAAUGAAGUGAAUCUUGCAUAGAA